AUCCUUCGUACAAUGCGAAAAGGGAAGUUGAAAGAAGUGGGAGAGGGACAUCGCAGAGCUUUAUGAAAUCUGUCGUUACAGUUACUGGCUGGGUACCGGGCAAACUGUGAACAGACACUGAAGUGCCACGAAUAGUGUCCUGGAGACAACAUUCACAUUAACUAGCUUCCUCCUUUUGGCAGGUGUUUUCUGAAGUUUUUCACAGUACAUCAGUGUCCAGAGGAAGAGAGCGGUCAUUGUGACAUGGCAAGUAGAGGUGGAGCUACACGACCCAAUGGGCCAAACACAGGCAACAAGAUUUGUCAGUUCAAACUUGUGCUUUUAGGAGAGUCAGCGGUGGGGAAGUCAAGUCUCGUACUUCGUUUCGUCAAGGGACAGUUUCACGAAUUCCAAGAGAGCACAAUUGGAGCUGCCUUCCUGACUCAGACAGUAUGUUUGGACGACACAACAGUCAAGUUUGAAAUCUGGGACACAGCUGGUCAGGAGCGCUACCACAGUCUGGCUCCCAUGUACUACAGAGGUGCCCAGGCAGCCAUCGUGGUCUACGAUAUAACAAAUGAGGAGUCAUUUGUGCGGGCAAAGAACUGGGUUAAAGAGCUUCAGAGACAAGCCAGUCCAAAUAUUGUAAUAGCCCUGGCUGGGAACAAGGCUGAUCUCGCAAACAAGAGAGCACUGGACUUCCAGGAUGCACAGUCAUACGCAGAUGAUAACAGCUUGCUUUUCAUGGAAACAUCAGCAAAGACCUCUAUGAACGUGAAUGAGAUUUUCAUGGCAAUUGCAAAGAAACUACCCAAGAACGAGCCUAUAGCCGCUGGAGCCAAUAGCGGGCGGAACCGGGGAGUGGACCUGACAGAGACGGCUCAGCCCACCAGCCGUCCCUGCUGCAGUAACUAACCCAGCUCUUCCUGCUCAUCCUCCCCAUACACCCCCCCCCCCUCCCCCACUCUGCUCCCUCCCCCACCUCCUCAACUGAACAACGUCUGGACAUCGGGCUCCUUUGCUCUCUGACAUCAGACCUGACCCUCAGCCUCACUCCCCUGGAUUAGCUAAAAGACUCUGUAUAGCUGCAUUUCUAAUACCUUUUUUUUUUUUGUUGAUGUUCUUUUUUUUUUUUUUUUUAACUUUUUUUAAGAAGUGUAUAUCAGUAUAAUGGAAGCAUGUAUCACUACAACGCCUAAAAAAAAAACACAUUUUUGUUUCUUAUUAAGUUGGAAGGCUAACCCCGUUUAAGAAAGCUGAGCGAGUGAGAAACCUGUGAACGUGUGAUUGUGUCGUGUGUGAGUUUCCAAGAGUGAUUUGCUGAUGAGAAGGUGUAGCCUCAUUUGUCACUUCACAGGGUCGACUGGAUGCAAAUUACGUUGCCUGUAAUGCUCUUUGUGUGCGGGUUAAGUUUUGCUCACAAUCAGAAGAAAACCAAAUUGUUCCCAUCUUGAGACGCCUGGCUUCUCAGACUGUUUGUUGUGAGGCAUUGAUGUGCCAGGAAAGGACUGUCAUGCAAACCGAGAGCCCCCUCCUUCCUCAAAUCUGUUACUCAAGAGGACAAUUUCGUCCAAGGCUCCAAAUGGAAAAGUGUGGAAAAUAAAUUUAGUACUCCCCAGUUUUUUUUUUUUAAGUUGGAAACACACAAAAAAGUAUUUUGAGAAUAUAGAAGAACAACAGCCUUGAUACAUGUCAGGCUUUCCAUUAUGUGCAACCAAACUCCCUUUUUUUAAAAAAAAUAAAAGCAAAAAAUGUGAAUAUUCAUCUGUAGAGCGAUACGGGCUUGUCACAUUGACGUGUGUGAACAUCAGGAACCAACACCUUCAGGCCAACAUGAAACCAGUGUGACAAGAUAUAACACUUUCAUGUCGCAGCAUCAUCGAGUCCCAUUUCAGCUCUGACACCAAUCCAGUUUCGCAUGAAGAAGAAAAUCAGCAGGAAACCUGAAUACUCCUGAAUAUCCUGCUUAGUGAGUCAUCUUGCAAAGACUUGAACACACGACUAGUACUGUGUUAAACUCUUGUUUCAUCAAUUUGGGUGAUCUGAAUCAGAGAGGGGGGGGGGGGGGGGGGGGUGGUUUUUA